AUGGCUCCUUCAGUUGCAGAAAUUUCGGAGAGUCAGGGAACUGCUCCAGUGACUGUUCCAUUGAAGAAUGUGUCCGAGACCACUGAAUCCAAGCCCAAGGUCAGAAGAAUAAUCGAUGAGGAGAAGGAUUCAACUGCUAGUUAUCCGAACUACCUUCCAACCUGGGACCACGGGGAAAAGUAUCCCGCUUGGGAACCUUUCACCCACGUCGAACACGGCAAAGGUGCCGACCCAACCUUCAAGGACCUGCUGCCCGAAGGAUCUACUAUUCAGAGACUCACUCCAUCCAUCGGGUCUGAAGUCCGAGGAGUCCAGCUAAGCAAGUUGUCCGACGCCGGAAAGGAUCAAUUAGCCCUACUCGUGGCCCAGCGUAAAGUAGUCGCAUUCCGUGACCAAGACUUCGCGGAUCUUCCAAUUCCUGACGCCCUUAAUUUUGGUGGCUACUUUGGCCGUCAUCACAUUCACCCGACCAGCGGUGCUCCUGAGGGACAUCCCGAAGUCCACAUCGUCUAUCGAAAUGGGUCAGAUGGCGAAGUUGAGGCUUUCUUUGCCAAUCGCAAUAGCAGUGUCCAGUGGCACUCGGAUGUUUCGUACGAGCAACAGCCCCCGGGAACCACCUUUUUGUACAUCCUUGACUCGCCAGAGGUAGGCGGUGACACUGCUUUUGUAAAUCAGGUUGAGGCAUACAACCGUCUGUCGCCGGCAAUUCAAGAGCGUUUGCAUGGGCUGAGGGCUAUUCAUUCUGGUUUUGAACAAGCAGAGUUUAGCAAAGGUCGCGGAGGUGUUGUAAGGCGAGAGCCAGUUUCGAACGAGCACCCAAUUGUGCGAACUCAUCCGGCAACUGGGGAAAAAGCUUUAUACGUGAACGGCGGAUUCACUCGCAGCAUCGUUGGCCUUAAGAAAGAGGAAAGCGAGUCCUUGUUGUCUUUCUUGUUGAAUCAUAUCGGCCGUGGAAUUGAUUAUCAGGCCCGUGUUCGAUGGGGCCCUAAGACAGUUGUUGUUUGGGAUAACCGUGUUACUGCGCACUCUGCCAUCUUCGAUUGGACUACAGGCGAACGCCGUCACCUGGCACGAAUCACUCCCCAGGCUGAACGGCCGUAUGAAACACCAUAUGCGGCUUGAAUGACAUGACCGCAAUAAAACAGUAUAUGGAACUUUCAGAAAUCAUAUUUUUGUUUGAAACACAAAUUGGCUCGUCCAUUUACACAAAGUUGAUAUAAUAUACCAUUUUAGUAGUAUUAUUUAUUGUGUGCAUUUGUAGAUAAAGUUGUU